AUGUACAACAACAUUAUCUUCAUCACCAUUUAUGUCACUGUUCUGAUUGACCAGGCAUUUGGUCGGACUCCACUUACGAGUAUUAGUCCCAAGAAAACAUGGGAAGGAGCUCUUGUAGGUUUAACCGGUUGCAUAGCCACUUGUUUGUUGUUAUCAAAGAUUCUUUCUUGGCCUACUUCUGCACUCGGUGCAAUCGGGUUCGGUUUCCUCAACUUCUUUGGGUCUCUCUAUGGUGACCUCCUUGAGUCCAUGAUCAAGAGAGAUGUUGGUGUCAAAGAUUCAGGCUCCCUCAUUCCCAGCCAUGGUAAUUUCUCUUUUUCUUUCACAGGGGUAAAAAUGUCAUUUUAUCUUUUUUAG